AUGGCGGCCAAGAGUGGAGAUGUAAUUUUCAGAGUUGGCGAGCAGGCUGACACGUCAGACAUCUGGGAUGACACCGCACUAAUAGAGGCAUACGAUCGAGCAAUAAAUGCUAUUAAGAAUGGAGGGAAGAAUGGUGGCACAAAAGGAAAGAAUGGUGGUAAAAACAGGAAACAACAGUCCUCAAAGAAAAAGGACAAGAAUAAAACAACAGGGCAGACAAUUGAGUGGCAUGUUGGUGACAAAUGCCGGGCUUUUUACUCUGAAGAUGAACAGAUUUAUAAUGCAGUGGUAAUCUCGCUUGAUGGCAGUUCCAAUACUUGUGUAGUCAGGUUUUCUGGCUAUGGUAAUGAAGAAGAAAAGAACUUAGAUGAUCUUUUGCCACCAUCCAAAAGAGAUUUUAAGUCUCCCAGACAAAGUGGACAUCAUUGUGCUCAGCUGGCUUCCCUUGAACAAAAUAGUGGUGAUAAUGAAAUGGACUGGAGUACUGGGGGCCAGUCACCCAUCAGAUGGCAAGUAAGUGACUUGUGUCUAGCUCCAGAACAACCAAGUCAGCACCUACAUGAAGCAGUUAUUAACUCUUUUCCAACACCAUACACUUGCAAGGUCACUUUCCUCAGAUCCAGACAAAGACAAGAUGUAGACCUAUCAACACUGAGGCCUUCACACUCGUCGCGCCAAGUACGCCCCCACCAUCACAAUCAUCAUCAUCCUUACUUAACUGACCAAAGAUACCCUGUGUCAGGAGCCCCAUUUACCAGCCAUCAGUUUCCUAUGAAUUUCUUUACACCAUGUCCUCCUCCUCCUCCUGUUCCCCCUGUGCUCCUUCCUCCUGUUGGAUCACAACCCUCAGUACCUACAAACUCCUUUCCACAUGCACCUAUGCCUCCUCCUCCAGCUCCAGUAAACAGUAGUGAUGUUUCUCAUGACAAUGAUGCACUAGCCAGUAUGUUAAUGGCCUGGUACUUGAGUGGCUACCACACAGGUUAUUAUCAGGCAAUGCAAAAUCUGCGUCACAGCUCUAACCCUGGAUCUAAUGAACCUCAAGUAUCUACAAGUGAUGCUUGUGAUGCAGAUACUAGUGAACAGACUACAGAUGAACUUCCUUUUGGAGCAAAACAGCAGUUGUGACAUUUUAUUAAAUUUUGUAGUUUAUUUCUUAGAGUGUAUGUUUGCAAUGAAAAAAAUUAUGAACUUGUAACAUUUAAUCACUAAUAAAUUUAUUAGCUAACUGCUGGGUAAGCUCAUUAUAUUUCAUUUUUACCCACAAAUAUGGUUAAAAGAUAGAGAUUGGUUGACAAAGAGAAUGUAUAAGAUAGCUUACAAGCAGGCUUUCUCUGGCUCAGGUAGACAAGCAGCUUUGCCCGAUAGAUCAGGCCAGCAAUCAAAGCAAGUUGGUGAAAGGUGUGCGAAGCUACAUAUAAGAAUUUUACCUUUACCUGGAUUAGAAAAAUUGAGUGGAGAUGUUGAUGAUCAUUUGUCUACUUGGAUAUAAUGUAGAAAUUAGACUUGAUUGCUGUUGCAUCUUUUUCUACUCUUGAGAGCAGACACCUUUUUCAGUUUGCUGAAAAAGUUUUUUGCUCUCACAGACAACAUCAUUCUGCACCUGAAGUUUUUGGUAAU